AUCACAAUCUUCCAUCAAUCCACAUUUCGUCUUGGUUCCUUUACUAAGAGAUCUCUCGAAGCCCAAGUGACAAAAUACCCUUACACUAUCGAAUGGCUUCUUCGAUGAAAUCGUGUUUGAUUCUCUUCUUGGCUUGCUCCUUCUUUAUUCAGGCAGCUAUUGCCGCAGCUGAGGUGAUCUGCGAGAAUCUGCCGGAGAAUCUCUGCGCCUUCGCCGUGGCGACGUCGGGAAAGAGAUGCGCGCUGGAGAAUUACAAGGACGAAGGGGGCAGCGGCGUGGAGUACACGUGCACGGCGUCGGAGGAGGUGGUGGAGAGAUUGAGCGGCCACAUCGAGUCCGACGAGUGCGUGGCUGCGUGUGGCCUCGACCGCCGAUCCGUCGGGAUUUCCUCUGACGCAUUCAUGACGCCGGAGUUCAUCUCCAGCCUCUGCUCGCCGCCGUGCUUCCAGAACUGCCCCAACAUCGUCGACCUUUAUUUUAACCUUGCCGCCGGCGAAGGUGUGUUUUUGCCGAUACUAUGUGAGAAGCAGAAAUCGAACCCCCACCGUGCGAUGUUGGAGCUUCUUAGCAGCAGCAGCGGCACCUAUGCUAUGGUGGAUAAUUCCUUUGCUCCGGCUCCGGCUCCAUCACCUUUUUAAUAUAAAUAAAUAAAAUAUAUAUAUAUUCAUAUAAAUACAUAUUUAUAUAGAAUUUUGAACUCAUAAUUCUUAAAUUAUUAAUAAGAAAAGAAAUGAGAAGCAAAGGGGUAUUGUUGGUAAAGCAGCUAUGUCUUGAGGGUAAAGUCGGGAUUGUCUGGCUUGGUUGUUUUGUAUUGAGUUUUUUCAUGUUUUUGUGUGGUUUUGUAAUGUUAUUAAUUAUAAAUUUUUAUUAAUAUCUUUUUAUUAGAAGGUGUC